UCCAGACACGUGGGGCUAGAGUCCGGGUCGCCUUCCCAGCUGUCAGCCGCGCUUCCAAUCUGCUCCCUCCCGCCCGCUCCGUUACUCCUCUUCCUCCUCCUCUUCCUCUUCUCCUCUUCCCCGCAGGGGUGUGCGGCCACCAUGGCGUCCAGCGAGGACGAAGGCGGCAACGGGGGUUCCUCCGAGGCGGGCGAGGAGAAAGAGACGGUCAAGAAGAGGAGACUGGGUUUCCUGGCCACUGCCUGGCUCACAUUCUACAACAUCGCCAUGACCGCCGGUUGGCUGGUACUAGCUGUUGCCAUGGUUCGGUUUUAUAUGGAGAAAGGAACACACAAGGGUUUAUACAAAAGUAUUCAGAAGACACUCAAAUUUUUCCAGACAUUUGCAUUGCUGGAGAUAGUCCACUGUAUAAUUGGAAUUGUACCUACUUCUGUACUUGUGACUGGGGUCCAAGUGAGUUCAAGAAUCUUUAUGGUGUGGCUCAUCACCCACAGUAUAAAACCAAUCCAGAAUGAGGACAGUGUGGUACUUUUUCUGGUGGCGUGGACUGUGACAGAAAUUACUCGAUAUUCCUUCUACACAUUCAAUCUUCUGAACCACUUGCCAUACUUCAUUAAAUGGGCCAGAUACAAUUUUUUUAUCAUCUUGUAUCCUGUUGGAGUUGUUGGUGAACUUCUUACUAUUUAUGCAGCCUUACCCUAUGUAAAGAAGACAGGAAUGUUUUCACUAAGACUUCCUAACAAGUACAAUGUUUCCUUUGACUAUUAUUAUUUUCUUCUUAUAACUAUGGCCUCCUACAUACCAUUGUUCCCACAAUUAUAUUUUCACAUGCUGCGGCAAAGGAGAAAGGUGCUUCAUGGAGAGGUGAUUGUGGAAAAAGAUGAUUGAGUAUUCCUAUGAGGAAGGUGCUUUUUCAGAAUGAGGAAUUCACAAAAACUCUUUGAUCCUCAUCAUCACACAAGUUUAAUAACAAGAAUAAACAACAUCUUGAAAUAACCUGGAUUGUAUUAUUUCCUAAAUGUUAACUUGAAAUUUCACGUUUAUCAGUUCUUUUUUACCUCAAAUUAUGCCAUGUUAUUUUAGAGGCAAUAAGUUCUAUGCAAAUAUCAACCAUAAAAUGUUAAAUGGAUUUUUAUUAUUAAAUACCUAAUAGGUAUCAGAAGUCAUUAGGAGUUAAUUAGAUAUGCAUCAAAUAGAAAUGUUACUUUAAAAAAAGUCUUCAAUAAUCUUAAUAAUGUGUUUGCCUUGAAAAAUGCUUUAGUCUUUUAAAAUCAAUGUUAAUAAAUUAGUUUAGUGACUUAAUAUUAUAGAAGUGGGAAUGAGUGCCAUUCAACUGACAUUUGUCAAGUAAAGUAAAUCCAAGAUCAUAAUUUCUUUAAUGAUGUAUUGAUAUUUCUCUAACUCAAUUUGUCUAGCUAUGAAAUAAAGUAUAUGAUCCGUGGUGACACAGGAGGGACAUAUACUGUUUUCUGCAGUAGAACUUUUUUUGUGGGUCUGGGGAGCUUCUGGAUAAAGAUUAUCAAGUACCAUUAUUAAUGAAUAUUUGCAACUAUUUUGACACUUUUAGUCUUAGAGAAGUACCUGGGUACUGAGAAAUUAAGUGAAAAAUCCAGGUCUUCCUGGCUGUGAGGAAGAUUCUGUCCUAUAAAAUGAUAAAGUUAACAAAAAUGACAAGUGGUCUUUGAAUUGCUUAUAGUGAAGAGUUUAAUAUAAGGACAGGGAAAGGCAUUUGUGUGCUUUAGGCAAGGUUUGACACUUUGGUCUACCUGAAUUUGAAAAUAGCACCGACUGGAUAUUUCUGUCCACUGGAGGCUUUAGGCAUUGGCUUUAAUUCAUAUGACUUGGAAAGAUCAUGAAAUAAAUGCUUACCAGCAGAUCUCUGCAAUUGAAAAGUAUGUGGGUUUAAAAUACAUUAUUAAUAAGUGCUUGCCCUUUUCACCACUCAUCUUGCCUUUCCUGGCAGCUGCCUACCCUGUACAUAUCCCUAAUUCUGGCUUUAGGGGGAUGCAAUCAUAAUAAUGUGUUUAAGCUGUUGGUAUCAGUUUGUGAAAAAAAUAUUUGUUUGUUUGGAUACCCACCUUUACCCCUAAAAUAAGCUUUGUACUUUUUACUUGUCCAAUAGUUUUUUUUCCUGUUUCUCAGUAGUUAAAGGAGUUAGGGGAAAAAAAGUAAAAAUAAGUACAUAUUUCCAUGAUAAAACCUUGUUAUAAUUCUAUUUUCAGUGUCUGUCCCACAGUACAAAUUUUAAGGGAAAAAAAUUUUAUAACAAGGUCCUUUGCAUACAAGGGUUUAUGACUGAAUCCUCUUUAAAAAAGAGCUUUCUGGGGCAGCUAGGUGGCACAGUGAAUAGAGUACCAGUCCUGAAAUCAGAAGGACCCGAGUUCAAAUUU